UGGCUGUCUCCUCCUCCUCCUUCUCCACUCCAGGUGCUUACUUGUAUAUAUUAAUUAUCAGAAGAAGCCUAUGAGCUCGAUCUUCUCUUUUAUCUUCGACAUGGAAGUGUCCAUUUUUGCCGUUGUGGCUUCCAUUGUGGCGCUAACAUGGGCAGCAUUGAGGGUGUUGAUAUGGGCGUGGGUGAGGCCAAAGACGCUGGAGAGGUCCCUGAGAGACCAAGGUCUGAGCGGCAACUCCUACAGGCUUUUCUUUGGAGACUUGAGGGAGAGCGCCAAGAUGACAGCUCAAGCAAGGUCUAAGCCCAUCAACUUCACCCAUCACAUUGCGCCACGUGUCGUCCCCUUCAUCCAUCAAAACGUUCACAAUUAUGGUAAGAAUUCUUUUAUGUGGUUUGGCCCAACACCAAGGGUGAACAUUAUGAGGCCUGAACAAUUAAAAGAAGUCUUCUCCAAGGUCUAUGACUUUCCGAAGACAGGUGGAAAUCCACUUGCCAAAUUGCUUGCAACCGGACUUGCAACAUAUGAGGGUGAAAAAUGGGCUAAACACAGAAAAAUUAUCAAUCCAGCAUUCCAUCUAGAGAAGCUCAAGAAUAUGUUGCCAGCAUUUCAUGAAAGCUGCAGUGAGAUGAUUAGCAAAUGGGAAAGUUUGGUGAGUGAAGAGGGGUCAACCGAGUUAGAUGUAUGGCCUUAUCUCCAGAGUUUGUCACGUGAUAUGAUUUCUCGAACUGCCUUCGGGAGUAGUUAUGAAGAAGGAAGAAAGAUUUUCGAACUUCAAAGAGAGCUAGCAGAGCUGGCAAUUAAAAUGGCACAUUCUAUUUACAUUCCUGGAUGGAGGUUCCUACCAACACUGAUGAACAAGAGGAUGAAAGGGAUUGACAAGGAAAUACGAGCUUCGCUGAAAGGCAUUAUCAACAAAAGAGAGAAGGCAAUGGAGGGAGGUGGUGAAGGCAGAAACGAUGACUUAUUGGGGAUACUUAUGGAAUCAAACUUGAAGGAAAUCCAAGAACAUGGGAACAACAAGAGUGUGGGAAUGAGUCUUAAUGACGUCAUUGAGGAGUGUAAGCUUUUUUAUAUUGCCGGCCAAGAGACGAGCUCCGUUUUGCUGGUUUGGACCAUGGUUAUACUGAGUAGGGAACCAAUUUGGCAAGCACGUGCAAGAGAUGAGGUUUUGCAAGUCUUUGGUCAAAACAAACCAGAUUUCGAUGGGAUGAAUCGCCUCAAAAUAGUGAACAUGAUUUUGUACGAGGUUCUAAGACUGUAUCCACCAGUGAAUAUGCUUACUCGAACUGUUCACAAGGAAACGAAACUGGGAGAGUUGUGUGUACCGGCCGGAGUUCAGAUCUGCUUACCGACAAUUCUGGUGCAUCGUGAUGGUGAACUCUGGGGAGACGACGCGCAGGAGUUCAAACCGGAGAGGUUUUCGGAAGGAGUUUCCAAUGCAACAAAGGGCCAACUUUCGUUCUUCCCCUUCGGAUGGGGUCCUCGGAUCUGCAUCGGACAAAACUUUGCGAUGAUGGAAGCUAAAAUGACUCUCGCACUGAUUCUGCAACGCUUCUCCAUGGAGGCUUCCCCAUCCUAUGCUCACGCUCCUUCCACUUUUAUAACUCUUCAACCACAAUAUGGAGCUCACAUCAUUCUACGUCGUCAUUCUAUGUAGUCUUAGAGUCCUAAUUAACAUGAACUUGUUAAGUAUUUCAAGUUAUAAUAAGCUUUGUUUAGAGGAUCUGCAA